AUGGCAAACUCCACAAGUUUUGUUAACCUUUUAGCGAGCCAAGGGGUAAUUGACCUUGACUCAUCGGAACCUCUGUGCGUUAGCAGUCAAAGGGUAGCCAGCCAAUGUUCCGAUGAGUCUACUGUCAAAGAGAGGAGAAAAUGGUCACCAAAGGAGGAUAUAAUCAUCAUUGGUGCUUGGCUCAACACGAGCAAAGAUCCAAUAGUUAGUAAUGAACAGAAAGGCCUUGCGUUCUGGAAGAGGAUUGUAGAGAACUACAACUCCAGUCCUCUACUGAGAAUCAGGCAAAAUGACAACGAUGUGAUGAAGGCUGCCUUGGAUACCUUCUUCAAUGACAAGGGCUUUAAGUUCAACUUGGAACAUGCGUGGAGAGAGCUUAGGCAUGAUGUCAAAUGGUGCUCCACCUAUCUCGAGAAGGACAGUGGAAAAGACAAGCGCAAAACAGGUGAUUCUGAUGCUCAAGAGUCACUGACAGAGCCACAAGAGAGACCCAUAGGAGUGAAGGCAUCUAAGGCUGCUGGUAUAUCUCCACUACAAAAGUGUACGGCGGCUCUUCGUAGGCUUGCUUAUGGCUGUGCUGCUGACGUCGUUGACGAAUAUCUCCGACUUGGAGAAAGCACAGCACUUUCAUGUUUAAGCAAUUUCACAGAAGGCGUAAUACAAUUAUUUGGAGAUGAGUAUCUACGAAGGCUCACUCCAGAGGAUCUUCAACGACUACUCGAUAUUGGAGAGAUGCGCGGCUUUCCUGGGAUGAUAGGAAGCAUCGACUGUCGAGCUCCAAGGGUACAGUACGUGGUCAACGGACACCCGUAUGAUUUAGCGUACUACCUCACAGACAGCAUAUAUCCAAAAUGGUCAACAUUUAUCCAAUCUAUCUCAAACCCUCAAGGGCCUGAAGCAGAGUUAUUUGCUAAAGUUCAAGAAUCAACCAGAAAAGAUGUGGAGCGUGCUUUUGGAGUAUUGCAAGCUCGAUUUGCAAUAGUGAAAAACCCGGCUAUUUUGUGGGACAAGAGACAAAUAGGGAUGGUUAUGCGAACAUGUAUCAUACUGCACAAUAUGAUAGUAGAAAAUGAACGCAAUGGUUACACUCAGUAUGAUACAUCAGAGUUUGAAGAAGGAGACUCGAGAAGUUCACAGGUGGAUAUGUCAUAUUCUCCCAGGUCUUCAAAUCUCCGUACUAUGCUUGACAUACGGAGGCGUGUUCGUGACCUGCACAUACAUGCACAAUUGAAAUAUGAUUUGAUUCAAAAUAUUUGA